AUGCUGGUCGUGCUGGUGCUGUGGUGGCUGCUGUACAUGGCAAGGCAGGGCGAGCGCUUGAGGCGCGGCCUUGUGCACAAGCACACAGCAGUAGUAGGGACAUCGUUGACCGAAGAAGCGGGAUCCGAACUUCUGGUGCCUCCUGUCUGCUGCUUCCAGCAGCGUGGAGAGGAGCAAUCAGUCAACAGUUUCCCAUUCCUGGUCAGCUAA